AUGGACGACGACGAGGAGGAAUUCGCGUACUCUGAAGGCGAGCUGGACGACGAGGAAGAGGACGACGUGGACUGGGAGGACCAAAUUGACUGGGACCAAGUGAACCAGUCGUUGGCCGAACAGGACGCAGCCUCAGUAGCUCGCAAAAGGCGACGGGCGCCCAUCCGUCUCACGAAGGACGAGAAGGAGCGAGAGAAGGCGCUGCACCAGACGCAUCUAUUGGUUCUGUUGGCCACCCGCAUCAAAUGGAGCACAGUGAGCCGCUCGCAAUUGCUGCGGGGUCUGCUGCUGUCUCUGACCGCCGGCAGCGAUGUGGAUUUCUUCGCAGAGAUGAAGCAGCAGCCGCUUUCCUACUCUUUGGAGCUGCUGGUUCGGUGCCUUAUGAACUUCUUCUUCGCUCGAAAAGGACGCGACUAUGAGCUCACAGUGCUGUUUGCUGCGUUGUGUGGAGCUCUCCAGUUGCGUUAUCGCUUGACGUGUGCGUUGGACCCGUUGUUGGUGCAAAAGGGGAAGGCGUUCGAGUCGUCGUUCAAGCAGAAACCAACCAAGCGACGACGGGCACGGAAGAUCGCAGACACGAUACUAAAGAAGAAGAAGAAGAUCGGAGUGUUUUGGCUGUGGUGUGAAGUUUUGGACGAAAAGACCAAGAGCUGGAUCCACGUGGAUGUUGUGCGUCGGCUUGUUGGACGGCCUCAGGAGGUUGAGCCGCUGCGAGGCAAGGCAGCGCGCUUCUCGUAUGUUAUCAGCAUCCAAGAUAACGAGUUGCUGGUGGACGUAACUUCCCGAUAUACAGUGCAAUGGAGCAAGAGCUUAGAGUUGCGUCUUGCUGAUUCGUGGCUGAAGCAAGUGAUCGAGCGGUUCAAUGACGACGCAAUGAUCCAACGUGGUGCUCUCGAGGAUGAGAAGAAGUCGCUGGAGACAUUGAAGCUCGACGAGGGCAUGCCCACGAGCGUGGAAGGGUUCCGAAAGCACCACUUGUACUGCCUGGAGCGCCAUCUCGGACAGCUCGAGUGUCUUCAUCCACGGAAGGUGGUGGGGUUGUUCAACGGCCAGCCUGUGUUUCUGCGGGAACAUAUACAGCCGCUGCAGUCCGCCUUCAAAUGGCGUCGUCUCGGCCGUGUAGUGAAGGAGAGCGAGCGGGAGAAGCCUGCCAAGUGGAAGUCACGAGGCAGCGACCCCAGCUCCAAACCCGCCGGCGAGAGCGAUGGCAGUGACGGCGAAGACGGCAAAUCUGGUGCUGGUGGUGCGCUCUUCGGCUUAUGGCAGACGACCGAGUUCGAGCCUCCGCCCAUGGUCGACGGCCGCGUCCCCAAGAACCAGUACGGGAACAUCGAGAUCUGGAGCUCGGCCCACGUUCCUCGAGGCGCGGUCCAUCUGCGUCUGCCCCGCAUCGAUACCAUUGCUGAGUCGUUGGGCAUCGACUUUGCGCCGGCAGUGGUGGGUUUCGAGGUGCGCAACGGACGCACCAUGCCCAAAGUGGCAGGCAUCAUUGUGGCACAGAGCCACGAGGCCACGCUGCUGGACGCCCACGCCGAGAGACAGCAGCAGACCAUCGAGAAGGCAAUUGAGCACAACUGCAAGCUUGUGCUCAAGCGCUGGGCGAAGCUCACCAAGCGCCUGCUGCUGCGUCAGCGGCUUGAAGACGAUUACGGUGCAGUGUAA